AUGGGAGGUAUAGAGCUUCAAGAUGUGUUUUAUGGUAUCCCCGGAGCUGAUGAGGUCGAUGCUGAUGAACCAAAUGCGAAUCCGUACGAACAGGCAAAACAGAAGCUGGAAGAACAUUUUUCUCCCAAGCAACAUGAGAGCUUUGAAAGGUUUCAGUUUUGGUCCAUGUCUCCGGCUGAUGAUGAGCCAAUUGAGAAAUUUCUGUUGAGAGUGCAGCAGAAAGCAGAAAAAUGUUUUUUUGGUAAAACUGAGCAACAAUGCCGACAGAUAGCGAUUAUGGACAAGGUUAUCCAAAAUUCAUCUGAAGAGCUCAAACGGAAACUACUUGAAAAGGAAAACCUCACACUAGACGCCGCGACGAAGAUCAUCAAUGCAUAUCAGUCAAUCAAGCAGCAGGCAUCUUUGAUGAAAUCGGUAUCAACUCAGAAAGAAGAAAUCAAUCGUGUUUUUAUCAAUAAGCAAAGGAUUCCGUACUACCAAGACUCCGGAAAACCGGCAUAUAGAGAAAGGUGUUCCCGCUGCGGUAGAAUGAAGCAUGAUGAAAAUGAAAAAUGCCCUGCCAUGAAUAAACCUUGCCAUCUUUGUCGCAAUAUCGGACAUUUCCAGACCAUGUGCAAAGCAAAUGCUGGAAGAACUGCAACUAAACGAAGACACUCUCCGUAUCGAUUCAAUCGAGACUCUAGAAAUUUUAAACGAUCCAGAACGGUACGAAACAUCGAAACUCGAAACAGUGACGGAGUUGAACAGGAAGAAUUUUCAGUUUACAAUAUCGCUAAUGAAGAUGACGAGUUCAUCAAGUGCCGUGUAGGAGGAGUUGAAAUCGAAAUGCUCAUCGAUUCGGGGUCAACGCACAAUUUAAUUGACGACACGACGUGGGAUUUGUUGAAGUUAGGAGGAGCUUAG